UUGAAGCAUCGACCGAUCGACGUGCCGGGUGGACAUCUCUUGGAUUACAUAACUUCAUCAACCAUGGGUCGUCCCGAUUCCGAGGCGCCGACGUCCAGCGUCGCCGCGGGGCUGGCUGCUGCCCUCGGAGGCGGGGAAGGCGCGGCGGCGCCAGCGGGGGCAGACUCGGCGUUCGAAACCAACGUGGUGAUCAUCCUGGCCGCGCUCUUCUUCGCGCUGCUCUUCGCCAUCGGGCUCCACUCGCUGGCACGGUGCGCGCUCCGGUACGUGGGGCGCCGGGCCGCGGCCGCUGCCGGCGAGGGCCGCGCGUCGGCGCGGGUGGCCUGCAGCAGUAGCGGCAUCAAGAGGCGCGUCCUUAGGAGCCUCCCCGUGGAGGUGUAUGGCUCCGGGGAGGACAUCGACGACGUGUGCGCCAUUUGCCUCGGCGAGUUCGUGGACGGCGAGAAGGUGCGCGUGCUCCCGCUGUGCGGGCACGGCUUCCACGUUCGCUGCGUGGACGCGUGGCUGGUGUCCCACGGCUCCUGUCCCACGUGCCGGCGGCCGGUGGUCGAAGGCGCGCCCGCGAAGAGUCAGACGGACACGGUCAUCACCGUGGUCAUCGCGUGA